CCCGCUGCUACAUACGGCACCGCCGAGGGCUUCCCUCCUCCUCCUCCCAGUUAGCCGCGAUGAUUUCGGGUUGCCCGGCGUUCUCUCCUCGGGGCCGCGGUGACCGCAGCGGGUAUAAGCGCGGCACCGCCCGUGGCCUCCGGACUCCGCAGCGCCCGGUGCCCGCAGGGAUCACCGCCCGCCGGGUUUCGCCUCCCUCUCCGCUCCGCCCGACGCUUUCUGGCUCCGCCGCUGCCCGGGCGCGGAGUGCGGGUCCUGCGCCGUACCCAGCCCGGACGGACGGGGCGAGGCAGCGGGCCGUGAAGAUGUCAGUGCUGUAUUUGCUCUUCUUGUCGCUUCUCCCGAGCUUUUCCCAGGGCAGAGUCGUCGGCAAGGACGAAGCUGGCUUUGCCGAGUGUAACGUGUUCUUCCCCGGACGAGUCCCGCCGGAAGGAUUCACCGAGCCCUUCCACGUGAAAAUCUGUCAGCAGUACAACGGGGAGCCGCGCUUCGCGACCCUCUACAGCACCAAGGACAAAAUCCCUCUUUAUUCCGCUUUCAAGUACGCGGGGACGGCCCGAAGCGGGGCGGAGGAGAGCUGGCUGCUGGAGCCGCAGAUAGAUGAUCCAGAGAAUGACCAGCGUGAGAUGGUGCUUGAAGCCGAUGUUGUUGGCACUUUGGACAACCUUGGUGCAAAUCAAGCUCUGACCUCAGACUACGUGGGCUCUGGUUAUGAGCGAGGGCUGCUGAACCCCAGCUCGCUCAACAAGGAAGACUUCCAAAUGGCCACCUACACACUGACAAACGCUGUCCCUCUGCGUCCCUCUCUGAGCAAAACCUGGCACAGCAACAUUGAGAGGGUGGUGGAACAAGCUCUGGUCCCUCAUUGUUCCAAGAAGGACCAGCUGUACCUCCUUGCAGGAGCAAUUCCUUCCAGUGUCCGAGUUAAAGGCAAGGUGUCAGUGCCAGAGACCCUCUGGCUGGCAGCGUGCUGCGAUGCUCCAGAGGGAUGGUCUCUAGGACUGGUGAAAAAAGUCGGUGAUGAAAGCAGUUUGGCAGACCUCACGGUGGGAGAGCUGGAGAAGCAACUCCUAGCAGGGCUUGACUUGUUCAAGGGCAACUGUGGAGAAGACAACGAAAGCAAUGAGAAAAUGGAAGCAAUACUGCAAGCUGUUAGUCAGAUCCGAUCUGGAGAACAGGUAGGAACAAAUGACAACGAGGAGGCCAAAGACAGUGGCUUGGUGAGAAAAGUGGUUGGCAUAAUCGCUACCCCUUUCAUCAAACUUCUGGAACUCCUCAUCUACCUGAUUGUGGAGCUGGUGAAAUUUAUGUUUUAUAUUCUGUGGCUUGUUAUCAAGCGAGUUGGCAGUACUAUUCUGAAUGGAGUCUACAGCCUGUGGAACGGGACGGUGUCCUACCUUAAAGCCAUCAGCAUGGUGCUCAUCAGCAUCCCCUAUGAUGUGGGGAGGGUCAUCACCAACAUCUUCUUGGGCUUUCUGGGAAUUAUUCAAGAUGUGGCAGUCAUCACCUACAGGAUUCUACGCAUCCCCAUGGGGUUUGUCCUUCACCUCGCUUCUUUCCCUUACUACUCCAUCUGUGCCAUUCCCUCUGUCGUCAAAGACAUGGCCACUGGGAUUGGUGGCACCUUCUCGCUGGCCAUUGAUGCCACAGCCUCCAUCCUGCAUGGCUUUUAUUACGUGGCUAGCCACAUAGCCAAGCGGUUUGUCCCUAAGGGCUCCUCUGGUGACUGAUAGGGAUGGAAAUCAAGGCUGCAAAGACAAAAAGUGAGAGAAGAGUGGGGCAAUGCUUUAAGAUAUGUGGCCAAACGCUGUUGAUUUUGUUCUGGUAUUUAUUGUAAGUGACAUAAUAAUACAGGGAGUAACAGGGAGGGCCAAGGUAACUUCACGAGGGGACAUCACCAUUGCAACUCAAGCUCUGUCUGUUUCAAACUGUUUGGAUUUUAUCGGUGCAGGUCACAAACCUCCUGUGAUUUGCAGACAUCAAGCUGCUUCCUCUGGGAGAUGCUCUCUAAAUGUGGUACAAGGUUGCUUCUUUCCUACUGAGACAACACUGAGACCUAUGCACUGGCAGUGACCUCUGCAGAAGCACAUCCCUCGUGGUGUGGAGGUGGUAGUCUGGGGAAAGACUUCAGUUUCUGAAAGAGAAAAGGUGGGCAGGGUGCAAAGGGGCAAGAUGGGGAGUGGGAGGGGAAUGGGUCCAAGUCCUGCUGCUGGUUGCACCGCUCACUGCACUGGAGUCCCGCCAGCAGAGCCUGGGAAGGAAUUUGGCUGGGUGUGUUUCAUCGCUCUCAAGACCAGCUGCCAGCUCCUUCCCUUCACCACACCAAGUUCACUUUCCCUGAAGUGACCAAUCAAGAUCCCAUCCCCAAAUUCCUUGCCCUGGCUGGUGGGCUCCAAAGCCCAGUAGAGCCGUGUGGAUGAUGCUUUUGGCCUCAAAACAGCCUGUGUGUCAGUGAUCAGCCUGCCCUGCCUAUGUUCAGAGCUGGCGAUUCAUCCAACACACAGCUGAUCCUUUGUGCCAGAGAUCUCUGCUGGAUUGUGCUGGGAAUUGGUACUGUCCUGGUAAUCCUUCUUAAGCAUAUUUGUCUAAAUGCAGCUCAAGUGGAGAAAAUGAUCCUUGUGUGCUUUCCUGUAGGACUGGUCUGGGUUGGUGGCAGCACUGAUGUACUUACAAGAGAGACAGGGGGAACACAUGACAGGGGAAGAGCAAGGGAGCACUGGAGGUAAUUUUGCUGCUUUCACAGAUUUUAUGUUUUAAUAGACCUUGCCUGGAGAACAGGUGGAGGUGAGGAAGGCCUGGGGCACAGUGUGCAUUCUGCUAUGUAAAUAUCUGUCCAGUGACUCAUUUAUGAGCAGUGUUCAUGUCAGAAGGGCACCUGUCCCCUCUUCUGCAUUCCCUGUCCUCACUGCUCCUGUUUCUUCAGCCCUUGUUCCCAUGGAUGUGAGCCAGGAGCCUCCAAAACUGGGACACGAGAGCUGGGGUGUGCACGGAGGAGACUCCGUGGGGACAAGAGAAGAGGGAAGAUCUAAUCAUGUGAAAUCAGCAACAUUUGACCAAUCCCUCCUUUGUGCUGAAGCUGCCAGUGAAGCAGUGGACACCAUUGUGGGUGCCCCAGGGUCCCCUCGGGAGGCACACGUGGCGGCACUGGUGUCCAAAUGCAGCUCCAGCUGCCCCCCACACACCUCUCUUGUGCCUUAAGCACGGCCUUAUCUCUGACCUGCUCUCAUAUCCCAGUGCACUGGGGAGCUGGUGUCACCACAUGUCCAUCACAGUUGUCACCUAGCGAGGUUGAGGCCAGCCCGUAGGCACGUGUCUGUGCUGCAGCCCUGGUUGCAGAGUGGCUGGUUCUUUCCAUCCGGGAGACUGCAGCACUGUAGGAUUUGGGCAGAUGUGGAGCCGUACUAUUCAAGUUGUCUGAACACGCUCAGAUUCCAACAUGAAGAACCCUGACCAGCACAAGUCAUUUUUCUUCUCUGCUGCACGUCUGAGCAGGCAGCGGGAAAUCUGCCUGAAACACCCAGUAAUUGUUACAGAACAAGCAACAUCCUGCUGCAGAGUAUUGUUUCAGAUUAUUCUUAUCUGGGCAUGAUUUAUGGCUUGUGAGCUUUACUCUGUCCUUGGAAAUGUACGGCUUUAACAAAAUAAAAGUUACUUUUGCAAAGA